UUGACUUCCGGAGUAAGCCCGAUUGUGAUAAGAUAUCAGUCGCUACCGCGAGAAGAGGGGCUGAGGAGCCUUGGGAAGCCUUCGGCUUUUCCCAAAAUGAUAAAACCCGCGACGAAAGAAAGUGACAGAUUUAAAGGAAGAGUGCCUUGUGACGAUUUCAACGAUCUAAAAAAAAGGACGAAAAGGAUAAGCCGACUCGGAUCAACUGCAAAUGUGUGAUGUAAUGCCGGGAAAACACAAAGUGGAAUCGCAGUCAUCGAGAUCGUUGUCUUCGCAAGAAAGGGAGAGGGGUCGUUCGAUUGUUGACACCAAGCAUUAAAGAGGAUUGAUUUUUCAUCCGAUUGAUUGUUAUCGAAAGGAUUGCUGUUUCUCGGAUUAUCAAUUCAUUCGAGAGACGAUGCUGAAGAGGCGCGUGCGAAAGUCGUCGACCUUGAAGUGCCGCGAAAGCUCCUUGGAAUCGGGACGGGAUGUGCCGACGAAGGGGCGCGAUGUUUCUUCACGGGUAACAGCGGCCUCGACAUUCACCACUUUCGGUGGCCGCGACCCUAACUGCCUCGGGUACGAUGCGAUAUUUAGACGAAUAUGGGCCAAUGGCAAAAGGAAUGCGCAGGGUCGACAGUUGAUUCUUUAGCGCCACGAUAGAUUUCUCGUAGGAAAGAUCUCGGGGCUGUACAAUUUAAUUUCCAGUCUUCCUACGACAAGGGCGACAGCUUUUUGCAUCUAGCAUUACCGAUUUAAAUGCAAUUUACUUAAUUAAAAUUUAAUUAAUAUACAAUUGCAUCAUUUUCUCUCUUCCCAAUGAAUCGAGUGAGGACUUCUCAAAAAUAUCUCCGAUCUGUUCUCUCGCGCCGGCCCUGCGGAAGCGAUUGGCGCGUGCCGGGACGCACCCGGGAUGCCUUAAUUAGAACAAGUAAGGUAUGAGCGAAAACUAUUAAUUGCAACUCUAUUGACGUCGGCCCAAUCGACGGCAGACAUUUGCCCGGUCGUGAAGCGCGCACCUUCCAUCCGCCUCAUUGAGCUCCAGCUCGCCGGACCCUCGAAAUCUUGGGACCUCAAGCUCUCCUGGAGCCGUCUGUAACUGCACACGUAGACUCUGCGAACAUUCGGAGGAUCUCGCAAAAUAUGAGAUAUUAGAGAAAUGUUUCCGGUGUGUAAGAAAGCCCGGGUACAAAUUAUUUGAGCGACACUACAUUGCUGCUCGACGGCAUUUCGUCUCUUCGGGAUCUCCGGGACUUGUCGCGACCUUGACUCCCCGUAUUUGCGGUUCACGAUAGGAAAUCCCGUUGGCAUCCACCCGCUGGCAACCUAUCGGCGAUAAUACGUCCCCCUCGAGUGUUUAACACCAUCGACGAUAUCAACGACGGCACGGCGACGACAAUGAAUAUUGAUCCCCCGCGGUUUAAAAGCGCGCGGAAAAUAGCACCGCGCGUUAACGAAGCGCUCCUCUGACGCGCGGACUCGCGGACGUAAUUUCCUGCGAGGAAAUUGUAUCCUGCCGCAUUCGUUUGCGUUCUUUUAAAAGGCCGGGUGAGGGUGGUUUCAAUCGGCUUCGCUCCGUCCUUCGGAGAAAUAAACCCGCGUCUCGAAGUGUAUUACUUCCGAGGACGGAAAACGUGGAUUGAUUACGGACGUUUUGUAGACCCUCAAAGUCCAGAAAUAAAAAUUCGAGGCAGCGAAGGGAGCGAGGCCAUUGCCAUUUCGAGUUUCGAAUGCUGCCGCUUCGCGAUCUCUGCUCGCAUUGAACGCUAUACAUUAUCCCCUUUUCACAAGAGGCCUUUCGCUUCUACCACGACGUAUCGAUUUUCAAGAAGAGGAAACUAAUCAAGAUAAAGUUACUCUGGGGAAAUUGUAAGAUAUUAAAAUCGCGUUGGUUCGUGUGGUCUUAAGAAAUUCGUUUGUAGAUGUGAAAAGAGGAGAAAAGAUUCGGCAGCCCCCCGGGUGCUAAGAAUUAGAUUUUGCAGCGGCGUUCUGAAGAGGGUUUAGGAAACUGGACACUGUUAAAGCUUCGUCUGCGAUAUCGAACGUGGAACGUCAGCGGCCACGAAGACCUACAACGUUCCGUUGCGUGAAUGGCCUUGGUCGAAGUUGCGUAUUAGGCCGAUAAACGGUGUGCCGAUCGAUACACCGUUGUCCCCAUAAAGCCCGUUUGUUCCCUUAUUCGUGCCGCCGUUUUCCUCGUAAUUUAUUUAUUUAGCGAAAGCGAGGUAGCGCAAGAAGGGGAGACGAAAUGAAUGAACUUCCGUGUUUGCUCGAUUUACUUUGAGACGUAUUUACCGCUAUACGCAGUAAUCGGAUUGCAUGUGCCGGGAGAGAAAGAGAGAGAUGUUCCUCCCCUUAUUGGACAUCGCGUAAACCUCCCGCUGUUACCACGAAGAAAAAUGCAACAGCAAAGUCCAACGAAUCUCCCAGAUUUACUCGUAGAGACAAAAUGAUCGCCCGAGCUGUACGAUACUAAGGGCGAGAAAUCUUUCCCUCAUUCAAUUGUAAGAGAAUUGUUUCACUAUUACGCUAACAUUCUGUCACGGCUCUUUAGUCCUCAUUCGUUCGAAUUUGUGUUUACCACACGAGAGCCUUAUGAGUUUUACUGAUUUGUUGUUUCAAUAUUCUUUACAAUUAUUAGAGAAAAGUUCCCUAUUACGUAACAGGCUCCUAAUAUGAGGCAGCGGGGGUUCUGCUAACCCGCAAAGCAUGUAAUAUUACAGUAAUAUCACGUUGAAUUUGAACGUUGGAAACCUACUGUCUCAUGUUAGAAUCCCAUCUCAUAAUAGAGGACUUUCCUCGACACAGUAAUCCUUUCUUUUUUCUUCAAGCAGAUCGAUUUCGCGAGACGACUCCUAAUUGCAGAUUUAAACAGAUCUCGUCGGUCUUGAGAUCGUUUUUGCAACUGAAAUGGCUUACCUUGAUCCGUGACUCUGAAUUUAAAGAUUUAAGCAUCAGUCUACAGGUCUGCCUUGAUCGAUUUCGCGAGGUGACUCCUAGUUACGGACUUAAAACGGCCGGUCUCCGGAUCUCGGCUUGAGAUCGUUUUCGCAAUGGUUUGCCUUGGUACGUGUCAACCAGGAGAUUUCAGGGGCAACGAGCUACCCUCUGAUCGGUACACGGAAAGCUCAUUUCGACGAGUCGCGCGAGUGCCUCUCCUGAGAUUGCGCGGGCAUUUCUCGAGCUUUCGUGCUUGCUUCCGCAGCGAGGUUGCAGCGGGGGUGCUCGCUCGGACGAUCAGUCGUCCGUCGUCCGUCCGCGUUCGCGCUUUCACGCGCGGGUCGCGAUGUGGUCCAGUCAACUCGUAAACGACUCGUAUUUCCGCCGAAAUUCCGCCGACGAUUGUAGAAUGAAUGGGAUCGAGAGUUCCUUGUGCCGUCUCUUGUUGCUCGGACUAUUCAUAUUUAUUAUGUAAUUGAUGAUAUAAUAUGCAAUGUGACGCGGAGUUUUCUAAUUUCAAAGGAUCUACCUGCCUCGCGCAUUAACGACAGAUGUAAUAAUAAAAUCGUGGUCAAUCGAUAAAGGAUUGGGACUACAUUUCUAUUUACUUUACGGCUGAUUUAUUUCCUAUUUAUUGAAACUAAUGAAAAAUUAUAAAAUGGAUUCUCUUAUUAAAGCAGCUCUGCUGUCUACCUCUGACAAAGAUUAUUAAGCAACAAUAAGUUUUUUUUUCUAGUUGGCACUUGUAAUAGUUCGCGAGGAAAACGAUGAAAAUUACGGUUCGAUCAGUGACACGUUUUUGAACAAUGAUGCACCUCGACGCACUCGAGUGUCCCACCGUUACAUCGUUCAUCCUGUGUCGCGCGAGAUAAGGGCUGACCAUGGUGGAUAAAUUGCACGAGUACGAGGGACUCAUGGGUAGGAUUCACGGUGUCCGCGACACCAUCAGGGAACGAUGGGGCGUGUGGAAAGAGUGGAAGGACAAUCUGAAUCUAGAUCAGGGCUUGGACGGGUUGAGGCAUCAUCUGCGGGGACCGCCCAAGUUAGAGCGCACUUUGGACGACUAUUCUCACAUCUACAGAAAGAAGAGUCGCGCCGAACUGGUGAGGGUAUCAGCGGCCGUCAUGGGGAUCGAGUUCUCGUACGCGGCGGAGACCGCUUUCGUCUCGCCGACGCUCCUGAAGAUCGGCGUCGAUCACCAGCACAUGACGCUGGUUUGGGCGCUGAGCCCCCUCGUGGGUUUCUUCGUGACGCCUAUUCUCGGCAGUAUGAGCGAUCGCUGUAGACUCAAGGACGGUAGGAGGCGACCCUUCAUCCUCCUGUUGGCUCUCGGAGUUUUCAUAGGACUCAUCUUGGUACCGAAUGGCGAGCACCUUGGCUACGUGUUCGGCGACAUGCCGUUCCGCACGAACGAAACGAUCCCGCUCGGACAUCGCACAACGGCCAAGCUACCCGAAGAGGUGACGCCCGAGUCCGCUGCAAGGGCUUCCUCGCACUCCUGGGGCAUCUUCUUCACUAUUCUCGGCACGGUGUUGCUCGACUUCGACGCCGACGCCUGUCAGAGUCCAGCGAGGGCGUAUCUCCUCGAUGUCACUAUACCUGAGGACCAUGCCAAGGGCCUAAGCACGUUCACCGUAAUGGCAGGCUUGGGCGGCUUCAUGGGCUACGGCUUGGGCGGCAUCAAUUGGGACGUCACGUCUCUCGGUGUUAUGCUGGGCGGACAUCUGCACGCGACCUUCACUCUCAUCACGAUCAUCUUCGUCGUCUGUGUCAUAUGCACCAUCACCAGUUUCAAAGAAAUCCCUCUCGAGCUACUCGAGCGAGAUCAGUACCGACAAAUGGACGAGCCGAAGACUCCGAAGGAAGCUCAAGGAACAGAGAAGCAAGACGAACGCGAGAAGAUUAUUCCUGACGAGUCGAGGAUGUACGGUGCGCUCAAUACUGAGCACGAGACGGAGCCCUCGCAAGCGGAAACGCAACCCUCCGACCGUCCGGAAGAAUCGGUUUCCGAAGGCAGCCACGUUAAUUACGGCUUCGACGAUGUCGAGGGUGAAGCGAACCACAAGGCGAGCCUGAAGGAGUACCUGCUGUCCAUCGUUUACAUGCCGUACAGUCUUCGCCUGGUGUGCUUGACGAAUCUGUUCUGCUGGAUGGCGCACGUAUGCUACUCCCUGUACUUCACGGACUUCGUGGGCGAGGCAGUGUUCGGCGGGAAUCCGCGGGCACCCGCCGACACCGACGAGAGGGAGCUCUACGAGGAGGGCGUGCGAUUCGGGUGCUGGGGCAUGUCCAUGUAUUCGCUGUCCUGCUCGUGCUACUCGCUGAUCAUCGAGCGGCUGAUCCAGCGCUUCCGAGCGCGCAAUGUUUACAUCUACGGGCUGCUCUUCUACAGCGUCGGCAUGCUCCUGAUGGCCCUGACGCAGCACCCGAUCGGCGUCAUCGUCUUCUCGUGGACCGCUGGCGUCAUGUACUCCACGCUGUUCACCAUGCCCUAUCUACUUGUGGCGCACUACCACGCGUCCUCGACCUUCGCCCUGACGACCGCGGACGACGCGGUCUCCGGCGGCUUUGUGCGCGGUCUAGGGACCGACGUCGCCAUCGUCUCUUCCAUGGUGUUCCUCGCGCAGUUCCUGCUAUCCUGCUGCCUGGGCACGAUCGUCAACCUCACGGGCACCACCGCUGCGGUGGUUUACGUCGCCAGUAUUCUGGCGAUGUGCGGCGCGGCCUCGGCUACGCAGAUCAUGUACCUGGACCUGUGAAUUUUGCUCGUCGAUUAAUUAGAAUUUUAAGCGUUACGGUCAGUCAUGAUGUCUCGUUAAUUAUCCAUGAGUCCACUUCGCAGAAGAAACUAGAAUAAUCGUUACGUUAACGGAUACAAAACGUUCCAUUAGUUGCGGAUAAUGUGAGCUAAUGUGUUAGAAAUCCAGGAGAAUAGGUUUGUAAGAUAAUCAUAGCCAAUUAAUCAUCAUUAUACUAAUCGUUAAUCAAUAAUUGUCAAUUUUAGUGACCGUUUCGUCCGUUUCGCGCCAAGCAACUUUGAUGUUAUCGUCUUAACGUAUAUUUUACUAGCGCAUAAACUGGUUAAUACUAAUUUCAUUAAUAGUACAAACUGCUAAAUGUUUCAGAAAUAUACUGCGUUGAUUAAACAGUUAUCUAAAUAUUUAUUCGCUCUAAACUGGUACAUAUAUCUUCAUUAAUAAUGAAAGAGGACGGAUGUGUAUACAAUGUAUAACAAGUAAACAAUCGAUCAAUAUACAAGUUGAACGAGG